ACAUUAUGAAACCGGCGUGCGUGAUACCGUUGGUGCCCUUUGGAAAGUGAGAGUACACGUUUGAUUACGAAGUCCUUAUGAUUUGACACAGAGAUGGAUUUUUAAAGAGCAUUCUCCAGCAUUUCUUUUCAAUAGACAACUGAAUGCAUUGGUGAACUCAAGAGACAUGCUGGGCCUAAGAUGGCUGAAGCAAUUGUCCAAGCCUGUUCAGAAGGCUGUCUCAGACAGUGGGAAAGUACUAUUUGGCAAAAAAUAUUUGCUAGUGACUAAUGUCAGUAUAACAGUGGGAUUAUCAUGUACUGGAGACUUCCUUCAGCAGAGGUACCAGAUCAGGACAAAAGAAGCCAAGGCAAUGAAUCUGACUCGCAGCAAACAUGUGGCAGCCUCUGGACUAGUGAUAGGACCAUUUUGCCACUACUGGUACCUUUUCUUGGACAAAUGGCUUCCCGGCAAAACGAUCAAAGUUGUACUCAAAAAGGUUAUUGUUGAUCAGUUGAUCUGCUCUCCAAUUUACAUCUCCUUGUUUUUACUAACGACUUCUAUACUAGAAAACAAGACUUGGGAAGAAAUAAAAGAGGAGACUACAAGUAAAGGUGCUAUUCUGUAUCUGGCUGAAUGGAUUGUAUGGCCUCCAGCACAGCUAUUUAAUUUUUUGAUCUUACCAACACGAUUCAGGGUUCUGUAUGAUAAUACCAUCUCACUUGGAUUUGAUUGUUAUUUUUCUCGAGUAAAGUAUGGAUGUACAGAAAGUUAAUGGAAAAUCGAAGCUGAUGAAAUCAAAUAGUUCAAACAAGUUUCUUAACGUAUUUGGACUGAAUGAAAAACAGAACAAAAAAUUAUUUCAACACUUUGUUGUUUUUCUUUCUUUACAAAACAAGAGAUUACUAUCCAGUUUCAAUGUGAUCAACUGAACAGAAGAUCAUGCAUGGAAAUAUUUGUACUUUCUUAGCAUUCCGAUCAUUAAAUAUUUGGUCAGGGCACCAAAAUAUCAAUAAAUUAUUAACAUUUCCAGUAGCAAAGUGCUAUGUCAGUGUGUAUAAUUUUUGAUGAGAAAGUGUUUGACUUCGCAAAAUUAAUUUGAACACAAUUGAUUGAGCAGGCAGAUUUUUUCGAACAAAUAAAGAUGUGGAAAUGUUGUACAGAUUCAACAACAAAAAAGAGUUAAACGAUAUUGAUCAUGUUCUGAUUCAAAAAUUUGAUGUUGUUCAUUUUACCGAAACUUGACUUUAUGUUAUUAACGUCAGUAAUUUAUUGAAUAACUCAUCAGUUAUUGAAAUACAGCGAUCUUCCCCAACUAACAGUACCUGGUAGUUCCAUUGUUUGUAGUACAACUUAGUGACUCUAGGUCUCAAUUAAGAUCAAGUCUUUUGUGAAAUUUCAAUGAUAGAAGCAUUUUCUAAAUGUUCACAAAUUUAAGGUGAACUAUGAUUUUCUUGUUACUGAAGUAAGGCAUGUUAAUGAAAUGUGAUUUUUUUAAGACUUACACUGUGUGUCAAAGGUUGCAAGAAAACUGUUGUAUAUUUAAUGUUUUUAUUAUGUCUCUUAAUUAAUGGAAAAUAUAUGAAAGUCAAAUAUAAUUAUUUUUCCUCUACUGGUA